GUCGGUUGAACGACUCCAUCCCCAUGAUACAUCAACUUCUGGUAUGACAUUGACCACCAGGUUGCAACGUGAGACAUGCAGACGGAAUGACAUAAUAUCGAUUUCUUAGCUUGGCACAUCAUCAAAGAUUCAAUCCUCCACACAAAAGUAACAAAGACAUCCCGGGCUGGUCGAGGACCGGCAAAUCUCCAACAAUAGGAGACCUUAGAAAACCCUCCUCUCGAAACUGUUAUGACUGCACUGUCGGACUAUUUACAUGGUUAAGGCAUUGGACCGAAUAUGUUCUGCAAACAUAGGUGACGUAGUGCUUUUGGACAUUACAAACUUAAUGGCCGAAACUUGGUUUAGACGAGCAAACCUCUUUUUUUGGUAUCAAAAAGGACAUAAUUCCAAUUCUUUUGAUUAUGUCAUCGACAUAAAGGCUAUUGGUUUAAAAUGGAUAAUAUUCAUAUAGUUUAAGAUUCAGUUUCAAGUGAUCAACAAGAUGAAAGACCGGGAAAAGGACACUUUGGGAAAAUCCCUGACCGACUUUGGCAACGAAACGACGAUUCACGGCAUCCAGUAUGUCAUCAAUAAAGAAAACAUACCCUACCGAUUUUGCUGGUUGCUAAUCUGCAUCGGGUUCUCCGUCGUGUUCAUCAUCCAAGGCGUCGCUAUCAUUAACGAUUUUCUUACGUGGCCGUACUCGACGAAGAUCGACAUCGUCGGGAGACCCAGCCUGACCUUCCCGGCAGUGACCGUGUGCAAUGCUAAUAUGAUGAGGCGUUCGCAGCUGGUGGAUACGCGAUUCGAAGGCCUGAUCUCUCUCGAUGGCGGAAUCAGCGGAGCCGACUACGACUACUCCUGGUGGUUUUCCUCCGACUUCGUGAAUGCUUACCAGGAAUCAAGUAGUUUGAAUAGGAAGAAGCGAAGUCCAGCUGAGUCGAUAAACUAUGAUAUGUUUUCUUGGUACAAUCCUUCCGAGGAUUCCGAUUUCCAGUAUUACGCUGAUAACUGGGACGCAGUAAGCGACGAGAAUGACUGGCUUGGGUUUUAUAUGGCAUCGAGAGCAGACGACUACAGUGACUUUGUCGACGUUGUCAACCCGUCACAGUCAGAGUUAAGGGAUUACGGUCAUCAGCUUGAAGAUUUCAUACUGCAGUGUACCUUCGAUAGACGUCAGUGUAAUAUCAGUCAGGAUUUUUACGUUUGGCAGAAUCGUUACUUCGGUAAUUGUUUUACAUUCAACUCGGCAUUGUCUCCUGCAAAUCUGACCAGAACCACGGGUAAAACUGGUGGACUUAGUGGUUUACAUCUAACGCUUUUCGUCGAGCAACCAGAGUACAUGGGAAUCCUUUCUCCCCACACGGGGGCAAAGGUCAGCAUUCAUCACCCUGAUGUGUUUCCGUUUCCGGAGGAUGACGCUCUGGAGUUGUCGACUGGACAAGAGACAUCAAUCGGUAUUCGUCAGGAAUACAUCAAACGUCUUGGUGGAUACUACACGAAUUGUACUCUUGACGGUGGUGGAACUAACUUUACCUCCUCCGACUACACCUAUUCAUUGUCAGCGUGUAAAAAGAUGUGUUAUCAGCGCCACAUGCAUCAGCUCUGUGGGUGUGUCGACAACCAAUUCUUCGACACCAAUCGAAUGCCAUGUGAUGUGCUCAAUGCGACGCAACAAUGGUGUCGUCAGUAUGUUGAAGAGAGGUACCUUGACGAUGACUUAGCAUGUGUCUGUCCUUCACCGUGCACGGAAACCAAGUAUGUCAAGAGUGCAUCCUCUCUGUUAUGGCCUUCAGAACGAUACGAGGAGCAUCUUCUACGUCGUUUGAACGCAUCUUCAAAUAGCAAUGCAGUACGAAUAUUAUCAAGCAGUGCACUAAGCAGUAAGAACCUAAUAAGGAUGAAGAUCUUCUAUGAAGACCUGAACUACGAGUUUGUUGAAAUGGUUCCUGUUUAUACAAUCCCGAGUGUUCUUGGUAGUGUUGGUGGUCUCAUGGGUCUCUACAUAGGAAUGUCAUUCAUCAGUGUCUUUGAAGUCCUCUUCCUUCUCCUUAGAAUAUGCAAAAUCGGUUUCUUCAAGCUCUUCAUUCGCGAUCAGGUAUAUCCAGUUAAAGCCUGACAGAUCGUUGUCUCCAAAGACAUAUCCAUCUGAUCAAGAUCGGACUGACCAAUCUUCUGUUCCGCAACCAGACAGAUCUGAUAUAUCGUUUUAGCUCUUCUUACCAACAUUGAACAAUUUAGUUGAGGAUCCAGUUUGUACAACCAGGGUAAGGAGUGUGGAAAUUGAUGUCUUCCAUGCCAGCUGUCAACCCCUUUUCCGAUUAUGAAGACUGACUCAAGAAACUCUGAGACUCAUGUGAAAAAGAGAAAAUAUUCUGCAUAACGUCUUCGUGACUGAAAGCCAAACAGAGCAGACAUUUUUUUAGCAACUGCUAUGGAGCCGAUGCAAUAUUGGUUCUUAGAAAGCCCAUCUUUGUCAGAAUAUACAAAUUUUGACAAUAGUCGGACAUUUACUGUGUGAAUCCCAAGAGGUAAUGAAUGUUUGUGUGUUAGGAACCAGCGUACCAUCACAAUGGCGUUAUAUUAUUCCAAAGCAAUAUGAUGGCAUUUUAAACCUGCUCAUCGAUCCCAAAUCAACAUAUUUUGAGACCAUAGGUCUACAAAUAAGUCUUUCUGACAUCUAGCCACCAAGUGUGGCUAUUAAUUGUUAAUAUACGAUCAAUACCACAAAAGUUUAUCUUCUUGCCUUAUUGUGACCUUAAUCAUGUAUAGGAGUUUAUUGCUACUCUUCCUUGUGAUUGUCUUUAAUAAUCCAAAUCUUAAGGAAUCCGCUCUUCGAAAAAUUUGAUAUUAUUCCCCCCCCCCCUCCGUAUCAAACUGAUUUAGAGUAUUGUGAAACAAUAUUACUUAUACUAUUUCACCAUGAUAUAGUGCGGCUAGGAACUGAGCUUAGAAAUUCGUUUAAAAGUAAGAUUUUAAUUCACAUUUAUAUUCUCAUUGUGCUCUUCUUCCACAAUUUAAUAGUUAAAACUAAAUUAUAAUUCACAGACUGUCAUUGAAUGGUAAGUACAAAAUUGAUGUAAUAGAGAGUUGUGUGUUAUAUAUUAUUUGACUACCGAUAGACGGGUUAAGCCACAAUUUCAAACCAGAGUUUGUAGUCAUUGGGAGUUCUGAAUUAUGGCAUAAUGGUAGACAGAGUCAGCAAACAUUCGAUCGUCCUUGAGGUCAACUUUCUUCAGUAU